UUUUUAUUUAUUUUUUUGUUAAUCAUUAAGUCAAAAAAAGAAAAGAAACGCGAGAGCGGGCAGUGAUUGGCUAAGACACCCGGCAGCUGGCAGUACGAGCCACGGGCCUCAGCCCCGCCCCCGGGGUGACGAAUCAGAAGAGAAAAAAGUAAGAAAACAAACCAAACAAACAUCAACAACAGCAGGAGUGAGGAGGGUGGCAUGGUGGCCGUCAGAGGAACCGGAGCUUUAACGCAGAGCUGUCUGAAACAUCAGACUGGGCUGCGAGCGUCUGGCAGCGGGGACACGGCAUGAAGCAGCCCGGGCUGCGGGCAUCAUGGCCGCUGUGACCGUCACCUCCCGCCGAACUAUGACAGAUUCAGUCGGGGUGUUGGAGCAGAGCGGCCGGGUCCUGGCUCCGGGGGGAAGCGGCCGGUCGGCGGAGACCUGGAAGAGACACAUCAUCCGUCAGCUGAAGCACCGAGACCGUAGCCAGCACGCCAUGUUCCAGGACCUGAUUCGCCUCUACACUCAGCUGCUGGAGAAAACCAGUCUGGCCAAAGGGAUACUGAGCUGCUCCAUCAGAUGCCCCUCCCCUGACAGCAGCAGCUCCAUUUCCUCUCUGCUCCACCAGAAAAACCAGGUGGAGAAGACCACAGGAGAGUUGGCCUAUCAGGCAGUGGAGUUGCAGCAGGAGAUUAAGAUCAAGGAAUGUGUUCUAGAGGAGCGCCAUGUCAGGCUGGAGGAGGAAAGGCGCCGGCUGGUGGAUGCGUCUGAGACCCAUCAGGAGCUGCAGGAGCGGGUGAAGCAGGUUCAGGAGGAGAACGGAGCAUUGAAGAUGGAGUACGACGCCCUGCUGGAGCGACAGAGGGCGGCGGAGGCAAGACUCAGGGAGGAGAACAUCAGAGGACACCACCUGCUGGAGGAAAUGAUCCACCUGAAACAGCAGGCUGCUGCUCGCAUGAACAGCCGCAACGAGCGCAGGUCCAGAGCUCGUGAAGCAAACCUGCAGAAGGAGCUGCAGACCGCUGCCAGGUCAAAGGUCAACAUAGACAGCUCUUCCAGCUCCGCUCCAACCUCCAGAUCAACGUCCCCGAAGAACGAAGACCGGUCCACCGAGUCCACAGAACGAAAACACACCAGACUGUUCAGAUCGGCGUCGGCCACGUCUCCGAGGAUCCUCACCUCCAUCAAAGAGCUGUUCGAGAGGAGGCGUGGUCAAUCAGUCUGCAGUCUCGAGGAGGACCUGAUGUGUCCUGUUCGAAUCUGUCUGUCUGCCAGAGUCCCUGCGAGAGCUCUACAAGUCCUGGAGGCCCACGAGCAAGGCAUCAACGCUGCGAGGUUCAGCUCGAGUUCAGAUCUGUUGGCCACCGGAGGAACAGACCGGGUCGUCAAACUGUGGGAGGUCAGAGCAGGCUCGCUGACCCACAGAGCGACGCUGGACGGCAGCACAGAGGGGAUCACCUGCAUCGACUUCGAGCCGAGGGGUUUGUUGAUCCUCGCGGCGUCCUACGAUAAGUCAGCCUUGUUGUGGCGACUGGACGACUCCGUUCCCAAGUUGACUCUGACGGGUCACAGCAGGAAGGUAACGGCUGCGAGGUUCAGCAGUUUAUCCCAUCAGGUGGUGACAGGAAGUGCAGACAGAACCAUCAGACUGUGGGACCUGCAGAGAGCUGCCUGUGUGCAGGAAGUUGAAGUGGCGUCGUUCUGCAGCGACCUGGUCUGUUCUGAGAACUGCAUCAUCAGCGGACACUACGACUGUAAGAUCCGAGUCUGGGACGCCAGGGCAGAGAGCUGCGUCCAGGAGCUUCCUGCUCAGGGUAAAGUCACCUCACUGGACCUCAGCGCCGACCAUCGUCAGCUGCUCAGCUGUUGCCGCGACGACUGCCUCCAGCUGGUCGACCUGAGGAGAUGGAGCAACGACCGCAUGUGCUUCAGAGCUGAAGGGUUUAAAUGCGGCAGCGACUGCACCAAAGCCGUGAUCAGUCCAGACGGUUGUUUUGUGGCGGCUGGUUCAGCAGAUGGCACCGUUUACAUCUGGAAUGUCUCGACCAGCAACCUGGAGACCUGCCUACCUGACAAACACAGUUCAUCCAUCAGUGCUGUGUCCUGGUCUCUGUCCGGCGAAUACGUCGUCAGCGUGGACAAGAGUAGGCGGGCUGUCCUCUGGAGCGACAUCUGAAACAGCCAGUGCACAAGAAUAACAUUCCCACCUGGAAAAACAAACUGAUCAUAGAGCUGUUUUAGGGAUUUUUAAGCUGUUUGUUGAUUGGACAAAAGGGACGCAAAAAAUUUUCUACUUUUUUGCAGUGCAGUGCAAUUUUUUGUGUUUUUUUUUUUUUAGCAUAACUGAGGAACAUUAACCGAGACAUUAAGGGAAAGCACAAAGAGUUUCUACCAACAUUAAGCUUCUUUUUGUGGAAUAUUAAAUGAAAAAACUGCAAAAAAGAAAAGAAAUGAAAUGAAAUGGGAAGACACUCACAUCAUGGCGACCAAAACCUGAAUAACAGCAGGAAAAAGGGAAAUCGAGAAAAUGUGGAAAAACAAACGGGUGCAGGUUUUUUGUUAAAAUGUUUUACUUUUUUGGUUUUUGAGUGUGGCGUGUUCAGGGAGUGAAAUGUGGGGUUUUAUUUCUUGUAUGAUGUGCUGGGUGACAGUCGGAGCUGCCCGCCAUGUCCUUGGGCUUGAUGACUGUUAAGAACAGGUGGUUGCACAGAACUCCCCAAAGUGGUGUCCUGUUUUCUGUCUAGUUAACUGUUGAUAUCAGCCUGGUGAAGACAGUUUGACCGCCGACGUCUCUGUUUCUGAGGACAGAGGUCGGACUUGAUGUGGAUCUGCAGUCAGAGUUGUACUGAAAGUCAGAGGUGUAAGAGUGUGAAGAGGACACAGUCCAGAGACCAGAGGCAGAUUCGGAGGUUUCAUGGAGAACUGAUUGGUCAGCGGGUGACGUACAGCUGGAGCUCAGGCUCAGGUUUGUUUGCCCUCCUCAGACAGGCUCUGUGCAGGUCCUGAAAAGUCUUAAAAAAAACCGUUGAGCUUUUCAGUUUCCACCAGAAAAGAAUGAUUCGGUGGAAUGACAGACUUUAGGCGGUUGUCUUUAGCGCACGCAGCCUCCUCUGGAUGGAAGCGCGACAUGUGAGCCCUCAUCCAUCCAUCCGUUUUCUAUACCACUUUAUCCGUCAGGGUCGCGGCGGAGAUGGAGCCUAUCCCGGCUGACUACGGGCGAGAGGCCCGGUUCACCCUGGACCGGUCGCCAGUCAAUCGCAGAGCCGACACGCAAAGACAGAUAACUACACACGCACACACUCACCUAGGAGAACAUGCAAACUCCACACAGAGGAGCUCAGACCGGGGUUCGAACCCGGAGCCCUCAUGUUGCUGGUAUUGCCACAGUACUUUAGCUUAGUGCGGCAAAGUUUGCCAUGAAAACCAAAAUGCAUCCACGCGCUCGCUCUAAGCCCAGAUGGAGCUGGAUGGAUUGGCUGGUUGCUGGUUAAUGGUUUUUCUUCGUCCAUUUCGCCUCUCGUCUUGCUAUCAUAGUAAGCUCGCUCGCUGGUUCUGUUACAGGGUGUUUUGUUAUGAUUGUUAGUCAACAGCUCCGCCUCGCGGUUAAAUCCUGUAUGACACAGUAACUGGAGGAGUCACUGUUGUGUAUUACAGUAAAAAAAAAAAUCUUCGGACAUUUAAUAAUCGACUCAUAAUCGUCCAUAAUAUAAUCGCGAUUAAUCUAUAAUCGAUUUUUUUCACCACCCCUACCGCCCUUCCGUCCAUCUUCUAUAGCUCAUCCGGUUCAAGGUCGUAUUUAAUGAUUAAUUAAUGAUAUUAUUAGGAGUGAUCGUUAUACAGCAGGGAAAUGUGACACGAAUGUCAGUAAUUCCAGGCCUUAUCGUCCCCACUGCUUCUGACUGAUAUUGUUCACGUGUUGGCAGUGAAGGCAUCGACCUGUGGAAUUAUAAGGCUUUAACACAUCUUACAUGUACACGCAGAAACCCUGUCAGCGCAGGCUUUUCCUCACAGGUGUAGAGAAAAACUGAAAUUCAGAAGCAGCCGGAGAAACAAACAUCUGAGUCUGGACGUUUAUCGUGACAAAUCCAUCUGAUGCAGAAGAGUCAGGGUGAGGAGUUUCAUGUAUUCUGGUUCUGGAUCCUGAAGUGUGACUGCUCCGCAGCGCUGCAGGUCUCAGCCUUGGAUUUACAUUUAAAAGGCGUGUGCAUUAAUCCUCUGUUUGGCCGCUCGGCUUUGAAGAGGGAAAGUCAGCAGCUUCAAAGGGAAAAGUCGAGAGCCGGAGGCGCCGAUGGAGUCUGAACACAGAGAGAGAGAGGAAGAGCACAGACACGAAGCCGAGAGAUUUACGUCCCUUUAAAUCAGCUGCUGUAACAUCCAGAGCUGAUCAGCUGAUCUGAUGCGUGUCAGCGUUUUCAGACAAACACGAAGAUGUUAGAGCUUCUGGCCUUUUUCUGAAACACUCGCGUUGCUGCCUUUUCCACCUGAGAGAGAGGAACUUCAUCACCCACAAAAAUCCUCUGUCUCUUCCAUGAACUGUUCCAGAAAAUGUUUACAGUUAUUGGUCAUUUUUUUAUAAACGUAUUUCUGUUGUUUGUUUCCACUGAACCUACUGAUUUUUAUUAUUUUUAAUAUAUAUUCAGGUCAGAGGCUCCUGAUGGUGAAAUCCCUUUUUGCUCUGCUGCCUUUGGUUUGAUUCUUUGCUUUUUUUGUUUGAGGCUGUUCUGUUUGUUGUGUUAUUUAUUCAGUGAAACUGUUUCUCUGUUUGACCUUUUGUGACCUGUAUUGAUUUUUUUUUUGAGGGACUGAGGGAAGAUGCUGUUGAAACAGGCAUCGGUCCUGAGCUCAGAGACAAACUGCUGCUUCAGAUCAGGCCUCAGGUAAACUCACGUCUGUAGUCACCUGAGGAGCUUCUGUAGCUCUGACGUCACACUGCUUCUGGUUUUUACUCUGAGACGGCAGACAUUAUUCAUAUUUUUCUAUGUGAACGUCUUUGGACUGGGAUAUGGAGGGUUAAAGAUGAUUUAACAACAAAGACUCUAACUGUAAAUUGACGGCCAUCGUGAAACUGAAAACAUCUCUGAUGUAGAAGAAGACAGAACACGAACAGAGACUCUCAGCUGAUGUCGCUCUGACUUUAGAUUUUCUGUUUUCUGAUGUUUACACUCUGCAGCUGUAACCGAUGAUCCAACUGUCUUUACUCCUAAUAAACUCUGGUUCCUAACCGUC